AUGACUCCACCGAGCACUCCUCAGGCUCAACAGUCAGGUCCAUCUCGUAUUGUGACCGCAGUACAGACAGGACUAUCAUAUGACGUUGAAGCAUUGAGCCCAACAUCUCUGGCAAAUGCCAAAGAUGGGCUGUCCAAUGACAGAACGUCUAUGGUUCGUUGUUACGAGCAGAACAACAACUUUCACUUCGAGCUCCAAGAACGCAUCCGCGUCACCUUCCGUGACAGAGGAGCUCCAACUUGUUCGGCUUGCUCUGGCAAGGACAGCCGGGUUUGUCGACACAUUUGGUGGGUGGACGAUCAGAUCUUGAGCACUGCUGUCAAUACCGAAGUUCGAUCCCAGUUCAAGUACCAACUUUCGCCGAACGGGCAUGCUGUUUGCGAACCUGAGGAGGAGGAAGUUCUGACAUUUUACACUUGGCUGAAACAAAGGACCCUCGAAAAGCUUGCUCGCCAUGCAGGUUGGUGGAAGCAAGACCCUACCAAUCAGCAAGACACCAGACUAGUUGAGCAGACUGCCACGCAGAUCCUCUCGACCUUUGAGCCUUCAGGAGUGCUUUCCAGCCAGCAUGAGNCACUCUUUGCACGAUACAAGAACGAAAUGAUCAAGCAGGUCAAGUCACAGCCAUUCCUGCUUGUCGCUCUGGGUGCAGCUGUGCCUGAAGCAGAGCGAGACUUUCUGCAUCUGACCAAGAUCCACAGUCGCAUUGAGCACAUCUUCUUUGACUAUGGAUAUUGGAUGGCGAUGCGUACGCCAAGCGAUAGCAACCUUGAUGCAACUGCAGAAGCUCUUUGUGUCGAGAUUGGUCACUUGCACUCUUUUGUCCAAGCUCACCAUGAGAUGGCUCCAAAUUUGCAAGUCAGGAUUGCCGGGAUCCUCCUAUACACUCUGGAGCAGCUGGUUGAAUAUGCUGGAGAUAUCCAGACUACUGCAGUUGUGUCUAUCCCACAGUACUCUGGUCUGAGUCUUCAGGACAGGAGUUUGCUCCACAAGUUGAUCGAUCCUAUGACUCGGAGUAUUUUUGUGUUGCCAGUUCUCGAGCAGCUUGACGAUGAAGUUCUUUACAAGGAAAUCAUACAGGACAGAGUCAAGGCUCUCGCAGACAGACUGAGAGGGGGAAAUGAGCCCUGUCCGGAACGCUAUGUCCAGAAGCUUGAACAAACUGUUGGUCUCCGUGGGUGA